ACGCAGCGCAUUGUUUGGACAGUGGUAGGUGAUCUCUGGUUUGGGACCGCACGAAAUUCACGCCACGCGGGAAUCUUCAAGCGCGACCUCGCAAGGUCGAUGUACCGGCUGCACGAUUCCCAAGCUGAUAAGAUAUGGCCGCGCGGCACGCAAGCAACGCGUUGCAUCCACGGAGGUCGCAUCGCAUGUGGUCGCAGCAGCUACUGCAACAGCGCUCAUCGUGAGCGAAAAACGAAUCAGCGAAGCGUCCUCCUCUGUUCACCGCGUGCGCGUAGGAGAAGCUGACGAAGGCCGGCAAAACAGGCUACACGGUGCGCAGCAAGGGCAGUCAUGUUAUUCAAGCCUGUUAUAUCAGUGGCUCGUUCCAACAGAGUCCCAUGGCUGCUGGGACGGCGUCUUGCUGCUGCGCCCGUGACAGGAUUUCAUACGAAACAGGUCGUCGUGCUCGAUGCGUGUGCUACGACGGCAUGCCGCUCCUCGCAACUCGGUCCUUGUAUUAUGAGUGCUCGCUCUGUGUCAACGUCAGGUGUCAACUUCCAGGAUCUGAGCUAUGAAGACCUUAAGGCUCUGAUGCAAGGUGGCGACAUUCAACUGAUCGACGUGCGCGAGCCUGCUGAGGUAGCUGCCUCCGGCAAAAUCGGCAAUGCCAUCAACAUUCCAUUGGGACAAGUGAAAGAUGCCCUGCUGAUGUCCGAAGAGGCCUUCCAGAAAGCCUACCAUGCGCAGAAGCCCCAAAGUUAUGACCACAACAUUGUGUUCUACGGCCUUGGCCCCAUCAAGAGCCAUGCAGCACUCAAGCUCGCUCACAAGGCUGGCUACACACAUGCCCGGGAAUACAGCGCUGGUUGGGAAGAUUACAAGGCAAAGAAGGGCACGUGAUUCCCGCACUUGACCCCCCACACUCUCAUUUAGGGAAAGCCCACAGAAGUCACCUUAGGCCUUGCAAGACAGUCUUCCAAUGCUAAUCUUUACUGCGUCAUCGUACGGAUGGUAUUGUAAUUUUCAUUUUUUUUAAAAUAAACGAAUCGUUUACUUGUUU